CCCUGUUUGAUCUCUUUUCACGAAAAUGGACGAAAUCCGUCGUCUUCAGGAAGAGUUCCAACGCGCGCAGCAAUCAACCUCCGUGAGCCGGCUGUCCGAGCGCAGCGUCGUCGAGAUUGUCAUGAAGCUGACCGAGCUCAGUCUCAUCGACGUUCUGUUCACGGCGGACGGCAAGGAGUACAUUACGCCGUCGCAUCUGCAGAAGGAAGUCCGCGACGAGCUCUACGUGCGCGGCGGUCGCAUCGCCUUGGUCGAGUUGCCGCACUUGCUCAACGUCGAUCUCACCCACAUCGAGGCACGCGUUCAGGGCAUCAUUGCCGCCGAGCCGCACAUCCAACUUGUCGCUGGAGAGCUCAUUGAAAGCCGAUAUCUCGAUGGCGUUGCACAAGAGAUCAACGAAUACCUCCAAGCGAUUGGGCAGAUCACUGUCGCUGAUAUGUGCAAGCGCUUCAAUCUGCCAGUCGAGUUGCUGCAGCUGGAAAUCGAGAGACGACUGGGCUCGCAGAUUCAUGGUCAGCUGGAUGCCCAGGACCGUGGCGUCGUGUUUACGCAGGCGUUUGUGGCUCGCCAGACUGCGGCCAUCCGCGGAGCGUUCACUGGCAUCACUCGUCCCACGCCCGUGACUCAAGUCUUGUCCGCUUACAAGUUCCCAGAGCGUAUCUUUUACGUCGUUGUGGCCCGCUUGGUUGAAACCAAGCAACUUGCGGGCAGCUUGCAAGGCCGAAACGAGCGCGCUGUCUACUUCCCCGACGUCUUUUCGCGUACCCAGCAUCACUUUGCUGAGCAGUUCUUUGCUCAGAACAACUACAUUGAUCACGACACAUUGAAGCGCAUUGAAAUUUCGGAUCCUCGCACGUUCUGUGCAACUCAGCUGAGCAACGCAGUCCCCUUGGUGUCUGUGCACGUGAAUCAGUCAGUGAUUGAUCAUGUCAACAACUCAAUUGUCGAGCUGGUCGAGACUGCCGCGCAAUCUCCCAAAGACGCCUUUCUCGACAUUUCGCCUCUCAUCCCUGCUCCUUGCUCCGUGGCCGAUGCAACGGUCAUUCUUGAAAAGUGCUCCAGCUUGAGUGAAAACAGCGACACGCUUCGUGUUCUCGCAGACACGUUUGCAGUUUCGAAACACUUUCUGGAAUUUUGUUCGGGUCUUUUGACCAAGUUCCUGGAUGGCAAAGCGCACCAUGCUCCCUCCAUUUUGGCCCUCGCCGCACCUUCAACUCACGUGCUUGAGGGUGCUGAAGACGAUGCCUCCGCAGUCCCAGCCACCAUUAUCAACACUGGCAAAAAGGCACCUGCCGCAUCCGCUCCUUCCGCGAAAGGAAAGGGCAAGCGUGGUGCCGCUGCAUCCUCGACCGCAGGCAAGGCUACUGGAGACGCUGCUGCGGUCAGCGAGCCCUUCGAUGAGGCCGAGGUGUUGAUUCAGCUGCAGCUAAACCUCCGCCACUGCGAGGACGCGCUUCUGGAGCAAGUGGCCCAUGCUUUGAUGCCGUCGCUUUUGGCGCAGUACCACGAGUUCUUGAAGCAAGUUUUUAUUGUCAAGACUGCGGAGUUGGAGGCACAGCAGCAGCAGCAGCAGCAACAACAACAACAACAACAACAACAUCAACAUCGUCAUCAACAGCAGCAGCAGCAGCAGUCAAGCAGUUCUGUGGACACGCACACACCCAGUGCAGGUGCUUUGGGUGACUUUGAUUCCGUUCUUCAGUUCACGCUUCAGCACAUUCGAUUGUUUGAAGCUGGCAUUCGAUACUUUGAUGCUGCAGCGGCAGGCAUCCUGAGCAAGCAUCUGCUCAAGACCCAUUGCACAGAGCUGGUGAAUUUGAUUACUUUGCGAGCUGCUGGCAAGCCGUUCGACGCGGAGGCGGCGGCAGCUCUAACGCCCGAGGCACGAGCAGCCCUUGCAAAGUCGGCGUCUCCAGCAGCCCAAACCGCUCUCAAGCGCUUGAAUGAAACUUUGAAUGGAUCUUCUGUCCCAGCGUUCCUCGAGAACAUUGCCGAAGCUGCAGAGGCAUGCGAGUACUUUAUCAAAAAGCAAGACAAGCGAGGAAGCGUUCGCAGGCAAGUCGCGGCCGAGUAUCUUGCCGUGCUCGAGCAGCGCCUUCGGGCCGCGGACGAUCCGGCUUUGGUCUUGCACUUGGCCGUGGUCAUUCUGUUUAGCCACACUGCCCAAGCCCUCUUGCAUGCUCCUGGUCGUGCCGUCCCGCAAAUUAUCACCUGGCUGGGAAAGCACCUCCAGGGCAUGCCCGAUACGGCUGCUGCAUCGGUCGCCGAAGCAUCCAAGAAGGGCGACGACACUCGCGGAAAAAAACGCGACAAGAAGAAUGCCGAUCGCGAGGAAGCAUCCAGUGCAGCUGCGUCGGGGUCUGAUGCUGCGGCUGCUCCACCUGCCGGGUUCCGUCUGUCGAAGGACGAUUAUGCCAAUGUUCUCGCGUACCAAAAGCUCGUGAUUGACUUGAUCAAGAGCGAGGGCUCCUCCGAGGGCAAAACUUCAGCGGGUAUCAUUCGAAAUGACUUGAUGAGCGGCAUGCAAGCCAUCAAGGAGCUCGCGCCACCUUCCUCGCAGCUGGAAUGGUCGGACUAGCUCAUGCAUCCGAGCGUGUGAUUUUGAGCACGCGUUGACUUGAAGUCCACAUCGAGCGCCAAAUCGAAAGGCAAUUUGACGAAACUGUUGUUUUGGUGUUGUGUUUUUUUGUUUCUUUCUUUUACAACUUUACAACAACAACAACAACAACAAAAAAA